UUCUGGUAUAAUGACCACAAUAAUAACCAUACAACGUAGAUUUUCAUAAAUUAAUUUCAAAUAAAGAGUAUUUAGUGUUAUAUUACUGUUAAUACAUCACAGAUAACUUUGCAUUAACAACAAUCUGUGAACGUGUCGGCAGUUCGUGCUUUGUACUCCAGAGUACAGAUUUUUCAGUCCAAAACAUUGAAUUAAAACAAAGAAAAGUGAGGAAGAAUUUUCAACUGGUAUUGAAUUUUGGAGUUCACUGAGGUGAAUAAAACUUCGGAUAAUGUCAGAAAAUCGUGAGGUUACUCUGGCAGACUUUCAGGCUUGCUCGGGUAUUGAUGAUGUCGGAGAGGCGAUCAUGCAUCUCGAGAACACAAAUUGGGACCUUGUGGCUGCUUUGAACAAUGUCAUGCACCACGACACACAGCAAUUACCAUCAGAAAUGAGUCCAGAUAUUGAAAUGAUGGAGGUUGUUCAUGGAGUGCCAGUUGUAACCUUUUCAUCGCCGGCCGAUAUACCCAAUCAAAAUAGAAGAAAGGAGAGUAAUCAGGAUAAUUCUGUCAAGCCCGGGACAAGCAAUCCUAAAAAUUCUAUAUCUAGAAUACUAACAUUCAACGUGAAAUAUUUGGAUAAUAUUUAUAAGAUUGAUAUCUCAGACAGCUGCACACUAAGUGAUCUGAAGGAUUCUAUUUUUGCUAAAACACAUAUAACUCCUUGUCAGCAAGAACUUGGGGGAUGGAAGAAAGAGGAGCCAAAGGCAAAUAAUGUAAAGCUCCACAGUUUGAAUUUACCUCUCGAGAAUACAUUAUUGCUCAAUCCAAUUGUGGAACUCGGAGACUCUAGCUCAGAAGCAAUAACACUAUCGGAUCGUCUGUCACAAACAUACAUACUGAACGUAAAGGACGAGGUAUACAACAAGACGUACAAUUUAAAAUAUCCUGGUACAGCGUCAGUUUUAGAUGUGAAAACCGGUGUUUACGCUCUGAUAGAUGUACCAGUGAGAUAUCAGCAAUGGAAAGGCUGGCCGAGUACUGUUAAGGACGACAAUAUAAAUCUGGCACAAAGUGGAAUAUCCUUUCCAGAGCACCAUCUAACUGUUGCAAAAGUCAUGAGUAAAGAAAAACAAGCAAAGCAAGUUGUUGAUUUGGUGGAUAGCGAGAGUUCUGCUGAUGAUAACGAAGAUGCCGACGAAUUUGAGGAUGCUCCGGAGGCUUUUAUCAUUGAAGAUGAUCUCUUCAUUGACAAUAUUAGCCCAGCGAAAAUCCUCCGUCUGAUGCCGGACAAUGUUGAAGACGAGACAGUGGGAACGUUGCACUUUGCAGAGCAAUUUGAGAAACGUUAUGGUCCUGCUCAUCCCAAAUUCUUUACUGGAACUUUUGACGAAGCCAUCAAAGAGUCAUGCUUAAAACCUGCUAAGGAUCGUAAACUGUUGGCCGUUUAUUUGCAUCACGAUAACAGUGUGUUGACAAACGUUUUUUGCACACAACUAUUGGGUUGUGAGACUGUCUUGCAACUCUUGUCAGCAAAUUUCAUAGUGUGGGGAUGGGAUUUCACUCAUGAGAGUAAUAUGCAGAAAUUUUUCCACUCUGUUACACAGUCAUUGGGUAUGAUUGGCUCUGAAGCAGUAAGGAAUAUCGAUAUUGAUACAUUACCAGUUCUCAUGAUUCUAAUGAGAUCACGAUCAACGACUGAAAUUUUUACUAUUGUCAAUGGCAAUGUUGGAGUCAAUGAAUUGUUGAUCAACCUGAUUCAUGCAGUAGAUGUAUUUCAGGAACAAAAAAAUGCCGACAUUGGAGCAGAGGAGGAAAGACAGGCACGAGAGAGGGUUAAGCAGGAGCAAGAUAAGGCAUAUCAAGAGAGUUUGGCUGCAGAUAGAGCUAAAGAGGAGGCUAAACAACUUCAGCAAAGGCUGGAAAAAGAACAAAAGGAGCAAGCUGAGAAUGAGAGACUGGCUGAGGAGGCGAGGAAAGAGGCUCACAGACUCGCUGUAGAAUCGAGUUUACCACCUGAACCCGACGCUGACUCCUCUAAUGGAGUUUUGAAAGUUAAAGUCAGGCUUCCAGGAGGCAAAUUUCUGGAAAGAAGGUUCCAACCUGACACACCACUGCAGACACUACUCAAUGUUCUUAUUGUUGAAGGAUACCCUACCGAAGAGUACAAGGUCUUAUCUAGCUGGCCUCGAAGAGAUCUUACGUCUGUGGAUGCCAGGCUCACUCUAGCGGAACUCAAAUUCUGCACACAAGAAACCGUAAUUUUAGAAGAAAGAUAAGUUGUUAAAAAUGUUUUUUCUUACAGAACUCACAUUAGAAAUUUUAAUAAUGGCGAUUUCUCUUCCUAAAAAUUGUAUUUAUUUUAUGAUAAUUCAUUCUUUUUGUAGUGCGAGAACAACAAUAAUUCGAAUACGCUGACUUUUAUCUUAGAAAUUCAAAUUUAUAUACUGUACGUUUUCCAUACUAUAUCGUAUUACACACGAAUAAAAAAUGUUGAUUUUAUUUUAUAAGAAAGAAAAACCGUCAGACGACCAAUUAAGUGAAACGAAACGAUUGAAUUCAUUAAAAAAAAUUGUAUUUUAUCCCUGCUGAGGGAUUUGCAUACUAUUGAUUUGUGUAAUGUUUGCGUUAAGGAGAGCAUUUUUGAAAAAAAUAUUAAAAACCUGAACAUUCAAAUAAA